AUGGAAGCUGCCAACUCGCUGCUGGAUGCCGCGGCAGUUGGGGACCUGGUGCUGCUGGACCCGCUGACUGAGGAGUCACUGCUCCACACCCUGCAGGAGCGCUUCCACCGCGGCGACAUCUACACGUACAUCGGGAACGUGGUCAUCUCGGUGAACCCCUACCGGUCCCUGCCCAUCUACACCCCCGAGAAGGUCCAGGAGUACCACAACUGCAACUUCUUCGCUGUGAAGCCCCACAUCUAUGCCAUCGCCGACGAUGCCUACCGCUCGCUGCGGGACCGGGACAGGGACCAGUGCAUCCUCAUCACUGGCGAGAGUGGGGCCGGCAAGACAGAGGCCAGCAAGCUGGUGAUGUCCUACGUGGCGGCUGUGUGCAGCAAAGGGGAGGAGGUGGACAAGGUGAAGGAGCAGCUCCUGCAGUCCAACCCCGUGCUGGAGGCUUUUGGAAACGCCAAGACUGUCCGCAAUGACAACUCCUCCCGAUUCGGCAAGUACAUGGACGUCGAGUUCGACUUCAAGGGGGAGCCCCUGGGAGGGGUCAUUAGCAACUACUUGCUGGAGAAAUCCCGCAUUGUCCGGCACGUGAAGGGCGAGAGGAACUUCCACAUCUUCUACCAGCUCCUAGCCGGGGGCUCAGUGAAGCAGCUCCAGCAUCUGAAGCUCCGCCAGGACUGCCGGCACUACAGCUACCUGAACCGGGAGAGCUCUGGCCUGCCCGGCAUGGAUGAUGCAGCCAACUUCCAUGCCACGCAGGAUGCCAUGAGGAUCAUCGGCUUCUCGCCCGCCGAGGUGAUGGCGCUGCUGGAGGUGACAGCAGUGGUGCUCAAGCUGGGCAACGUGCAGCUGAGCAGCAGCUACCAGGCCAGCGGGAUGGAGGCCUGCAGCAUCGCUGAACCGCAGGAGCUGCAGGAGAUCUGCGAGCUGAUCGGGCUGGACCCCAGCAGGCUGGAGCGGGCGCUGUGCUCCCGCACAGUGAAGGCACGGGACGAGAUGGUGCUAACCACCCUCAGCGUCCCCCAGGGCUACUACGGCCGGGACGCGCUGGCCAAGAACAUCUACAGCCGCCUCUUCGACUGGCUGGUGAACCGCAUCAACGCCAGCAUCCAGGUGAAGCCAGGCAAGCAGAGGAAGGUGAUGGGUGUCCUGGAUAUCUACGGCUUUGAGAUCUUCCAGGACAACAGCUUUGAGCAGUUCAUCAUCAACUACUGCAACGAGAAGCUGCAGCAGAUCUUCAUCCUGAUGACCCUGAAGGAGGAGCAGGAGGAAUAUGUCCGAGAGGGCAUCCAGUGGACCCCAGUGGAGUUUUUUGACAACAGCAUCAUCUGCAACUUGAUCGAGAACAGCAAGUGCGGGAUCCUGGCCAUGCUGGACGAGGAGUGCCUACGGCCCGGUGUGGUCAAUGAGGACACCUUCCUCACCAAGCUGAACCAGCUCUUUGCCACCCACAAGCACUACGAGAGCAAGGAGACACAGAACGCCCGGCGCAUCAUGGACGCCAGCUUGCCGCCACAAUGCUUCCGCAUCCACCACUACGCUGGCAAGGUGACCUACAACGUGAUGGGCUUCAUCGAGAAGAACAACGACCUGCUCUUCCGUGACCUCUCGCAGGCCAUGUGGGCUGCCCAGCACGCGCUGCUGCGCUCCCUCUUCCCCGAGGGAGACCCCCAGAAGGUCUCCCUCAAGCUGCCCCCCACCGCCGGCUUCCAGUUCAAGGCCUCGGUGGCGACGCUGAUGAAGAACCUCUACUCCAAGAACCCCAACUACAUCAGGUGCAUCAAGCCCAACGAGACCAAAACAGCAAUGCUCUUCACACCGGAGCUGGUGCUGGCGCAGAUCCGGUACCUGGGGCUGAUGGAGAACGUGCGGGUGCGGCGGGCAGGCUAUGCCUUCCGCCAGCUCUACGGCCCCUUCCUGGAGCGCUACAAGAUGCUCAGCCCCCAGACCUGGCCCCGCUGGGCUGGCAGCGACAGGGAUGGAGCCGAGGUGCUGCUGGCAGAGCUGGCAUUCCCCCCCGAGGAGCUGGCGUUCGGCCACACCAAGAUCUUCAUCCGCUCACCACGCACCCUCUUUGACCUGGAGAGGCAGCGCCAGGAGCGUGUGGUCCAGCUUGCCACCCUGAUCCAGAAGAUGUUUCGGGGCUGGCGGUGCCGAAUGCAUUACCAGCGGAUGCGCAAGAGCCAGAUCAUCAUCUCCGCCUGGUUCCGGGGCCACAUGCAAAAGAACAAGUACAAGCAGAUGAAGCGGUCGGCGCUGAUCAUCCAGGCGCACGUGCGGGGUUGGAAGGUCCGCAGGGCAUACAGGAGGUAUUUCCGUGCUGGGGCCAGCGCCCGCCUGGCCAACUUCAUCUACCGGCGGCUGGUGCAGAAGUUCCUGGUGAGCCUGGGAAGGAACCUCCCGUCACUGGUGGUGACGGACCGGACCUGGCCCCCUGCGCCAUACAAGUUCCUGGCUGACGCCAACCAGGAGCUGAGGAGCAUCUUCUACCACUGGAAGUGCAAGAAGUACCGGGAGCAGCUGACGCCGCAGCGCAGGGCUCUGCUGCAGGCCAAGCUCUGCGCCAGCGAGCUCUUCAAGGACAAGAAGACGCUCUACUCCAAAAGCCUGCAGCAGCCCUUCCAAGGCGAGUACCUGGGGCUGACGCAGAACCCCAAGUACCAGAAGCUCCAUGCCGUGGCCAAGGACAAGCUGGUGAUGGCCGACACCGUGAGGAAGGUGAACAGAGCCAGUGGCAAGACGGUCCCGCGCCUGCUGCUGCUCACCACCGAGCACCUGGUCCUGGCCGACCCCAAGGCCGCCCAGCCCAAGACCGUGCUCAGCCUGGGUGACAUCCGCAGCGUCUCCGUCACCCGCUUCUCUGAUGGCUUCCUGGCCCUGCACCUCAAGGAGACCUCCACGGGGGGAGCCAAGGGCGACUUCUUGCUUGUCAGCGACCACCUCAUCGAGCUCAUCACCCGCCUGCACCAGACCCUCAUGGACACCACUGCCCAGGCCCUGCCCCUGCACAUCACCGACCAGUUCUCCACCCGCUUCCAGAAGGGCGAUGUGGCCGUCACCGUGGUGGAGUCGGCCAAGGUGGACAGCAACGUCCCCGUCUGCAAGAAGCGGGGCAGCCACAAGAUGGAGGUCCUGGUCCACUGA